GCUUUUACAAGUUCCCGCAUGCAGACUCUAACACACAUUGUGAAUGGAAGCACCGGGGGAAGAUGAGAAGGCCUGUGGGAGCUGCCGUUGCUUAACGGGGAAUGAAGAAGCAGGAAUGCCCUGACAGUUUGUGGCGGAAAUCCUUCCACUCUUUGGCUCCACACAGCAAGAAGAAGUGAUUUGCAGUGAGGAUACUUGGGGAAAAGGCUGCGAAGGGGGGGGACCUGAUUUCUGGACUUUGCGUUAAGACGCAGAAGCAUCCAUAACUGAAAAAUGAGGUGGAUCUUCCGAGGGUGGAUAACGUGUGUGCUCCUCACCUUUUCCGCACAGGAUGCAAUCUCCAAAUCGGCCCAGUGCAGAGAAAGUCACUACUUCAACGGCUCCACGUGUUGCAAAAAGUGUCCACCAGGUCAGCGUGUGUUUUCUUACUGCAAUGAAUCCCAAGACACCGUAUGCGUAGACUGCAGUCGAGAUACCUAUCAGCCUGGCUGGACGGCAGACACGAACUGUAUCAAGAAGAAGUUCUGCGAUGAGGGGAAGGGAUUUAUGAAGAGAAAUGCUCAUAGUGAAGACUUGAAGAGAGAAGAACAGUGUCAAUGCAAGCCUGGUUUCCAGUGUUCGCUCAUCAACUGCGAAUUCUGUGAGAAGAUACCCACCUGUGGGCCUGGUUCCGGACUGGAGGAAGAAGCUGCUUCAAAAAAUGGAAGGAAAACUUGUGUUGCAUGCAAGAACGGCUUCUACUCUGCUAAGGAAGAUCAGGAACAAUGCAAAGAGUGGACCAAAUGUAAGGCUGAGGGCAAGAGUGAGACUCAACCAGGCAGCGCUCAGGCCGAUGCAGAGUGUGGACCACCUGUCUUUGGUUCCUGGUUUAUAGUUUCAUUGCUGUCAGUGAUUACUGUUCUGUGUCUCCUCAUUCUGCUGCUUUUCUGUUACAAGGACAAACUCAAGUUACUUUCUGUUAAUCUCCGAUCCUGUGUCCAGAAUCUGAAGAGGAGCAGGAUACAACAGGAGACGUUGGCCCCUCUUUACCGCAGUGGAGCUGAAGGAGGAGGAAUACCAGAAGUCGUUGGCUCCAAAUGUGCACCGUGUGAGAUGACCAAACUCAUCUGCCAGGCUUCUCACAAUCCUGAGUUUGACCCCCCAUCCACCUUCUCAGCGUCUGUUCCCUGCGUCAGGAUCUCUCUGCCCUUCACAGAGGGAAUGGCAGAAAAAGAAGGGGCUAGGGAUAAGAUGGUGACCGAGACCGAGAGCCAGGGUUCCGGAGAACCAGAGGAACUGUCAGAGGAGGAGGUUGUUAAUGCGUCUCCACUUUUGGCAGGUUCCUGUGUGUGCGUCAGUCUUGUUCGCGAGCCACUCGAAGUGGGAGAGAAUGAAGACUGUAGCCAGGCGGUUAUUCCAGGGACAUCGGGAACAUGCUCAUGCGGGGGCCUUGAAGGUAAACGGGAUGGAGAGGAAAACAGAAAAGAGGAUAAAAGGGACAAUCGAAUACCUGAGGAAAGGGUCGACCAGGAAAAGACGGGCUCAUCCAUGAGUGAGAUGUGUGUUAGAUCACUUGUCUCAGUUUGUCCUCCACUCGUCCACUCCUCCUCUCCAGCUCCUCCAUCCAAUCUCCUUCCUGAACUCUGCUUGCCGUUGUCCCAGGCUCUGGUGACGCCGCAACUAGGGUUCUCCCUGUCUGACAAGUCCCUAAUAAAGCAGGACGAAUUAUAUAGACUGGCAAGCACAGAAUCUGACUCAACUAGAAACAAUGCAGCCUCCGCUAUGACCCUGGUCAGUGCUGUGAUGAUGUCCACAUCUGCUGGAGAACUGUACCUGGACAAGCCCCAAGAGGCCUCCAGACCGGAGCCAGGGCAGGGAGGUUCCUGCGGGACCAGCAGGGAGAACAAGAUCUCUUUGGAGGAGUCGGAACUGGAGUGCUCGCCUGAGAGUCUCCACAGUGAGCUGGCUGAACCGACUCCUACCUCAGGUCUUGUUUCUGGCAGCCACAACACCACCUUCAUCUCCAGCGGUCAGGUGAUGAACGUCACCGGUGACGUCAUCGUCGUCUACGUCAGCCAGACGUCUCAGAGCAGCGACGAGGGCGGGCCGGACGGCGCCUUCGGGAGCCCCGUGCAGGAAGAAGCCAACGAGACAGCCCCGUUUUUCCAGAGCUGCCUUAGGUCCCCGGGGGACUCCAUUUCCCAUAGCACCUUGCGAGAACAGACUCUGCCAGUGCAAGAAAUGAUACUGGGAAAGUGAAGGGUGAUGAGCAGCGGUCCGAAGAGUGAUCAUCUCUACAACCUUAAGGUCUAUCGCAAUUAUGUAAUGGGUUUAUUGUUAAAAUAACACCAAAUAAAAACAAAGUUUGGUUUUCUUAAGUUUUACAUACAUUUCAUCUCACAUUGUUUCCAGACCUUCUUAGUUGGAAACAAUUUUCUUUCCAGACAGUGAUGUGUAAUUUUCUAGGGAACUGAGUUCAUUCUGGGGAAAAAAAAAAAGAAAAAAAAAGAUUUUUUUGUUGCAUGGAAAUUUCGGCUGGAUCUCGACACUAAUAGUUAAUACAUAUCUAAUUUCUCACUUUUCAUCCUCCACACUUAUGUCUUCAAACUCUUCUCUAAGUUUGACAUCUGGAUGAUUUAAGAGCUUCCUCACGUAACAAAACAUCCACCAUGUGGAAAUUAUUUUCAAUGGGUUUUUUUUGUUGUUUUUUUUUAUGAUUGAAACUGUGCUCUGUUAGCCACACUUGGACCUGGCAGAACACAGAGUCUGUACAAAGAUGAUGAUGAUGAUGAAUUUUAAGCAUUUCACUGAGUGAAGCUCGCAGAAGCUAUAUUUUUUGCAUUAUGAAAACGCAUCAAGUUCUGAUAUGACAACUGUUUAAUCUGUACAGAGACUUUGUUUGUUGUCUUCUUAUUGCGCCCGAUGUGCAAUUUGUGUCUAAGAGAAAAAUGCUAUGCAUUUGAUAAGCUAUCUUAUUGCUGGAUUGUUUUUAUUUUGCAAAUUUUAAUGAAGAAAAUCAAAAUGUUUCAAGAAUGUUUUUCUAAAGGUAAGUUCUUAAUGCUCUUUGUCCGAAAUUUCAGAAGUGAUAGAUGAUUGUAUAUAUUCUAAAGAAGCAUUAUCUAUUUGUGAAAGAAGCAUGAGUUUUCCUUUGUUGGAUUUUCGGUGAGGAGGAUGUGUUUGAUCAUGUGGUGCAACUGAGGCAGAAUGCAAACAAUCUUAGCGGCCCCUGAAAAAGCUUUUAGUUUCUAAAUAUCGUUUUGGCUCCUGUUAUAAUGCAGUUCUUGUCAAACAUGAUGUUUUUUACUUAAAGAAUAUGUAAAGCAUCUAUAAAAUUUGUCAAUAUUUAAUAUGGUGUUUUACUGUUGUUAAGCCUUAUGCUUUCAUCAUUUAACACUUACACUGAUUGGGAAGUCUGAUGUUUCUUUUAUUUUUUACAUUUUUGUGUGCCAUAUGUUAUGUAUAUGGGUGCUUAAUUAAUGUGGAAAUCAUAAUUGUGUUUACAAAAGCUCUUUUGUAUUAUUUACCUGGGUACUUUACUGUUUCAGGCCCCUUCAGGACCAAAUGUGGCAAAGUCAUUGCUGAAAUAUAAUUUUAUUGCCACAGUCAUUGUUUCUGUUUUUCUUCUUUUUUUUUUUUUCUUUUUAAAUCUUCUCACAUUGUCACAUCUUUGCAUAAAAAAAGGUCCAGAUUAAAACAAUGAUCCUGAAGACUGCUUCACUUUCAGAACUGUCAAAAAUUGCAUCCAAACUGGGAUCUUGUCACCCGCCAACAGAAACGUCAGCUACUGUUCUUCUGUGCCCUCUAAAACAACCGAGUGGGAUGGGCAAAGCGUGUCGACAUUUGGCUUGAAAGAGCCUGUGUCUUCUGGAAAAGACUGAAGGAAAACCUUUGAAGAAAACAAAACUAAGCUUUGCUAUUGUCUUGCUGGGUUCACUGCACUGAUCAAGCACAACCUCUCCAUGUGUACGCAGCUUUUAACAAAUCAUGUACAUAUCAAUCAACUCUGAUGCAAUGGAUAAAUGAAAGACUAUUUUGAUUAAAAUUAAAUAUGUUUCAAAAUUAAA